UGUGACCAACUUAACAAGGAAUCUUGUAUAUCCAGUGUCUGUGCAGUAGGUGUAUGAACUCAGGAAGGCGCACAGCUAUCUAGCAACUGAUCUCACGCUUACUGAACAACUUCUGGUCUCCGCUGUACUGUGCACACAAUGUCUAAAUUAGGAUCAAUCAGCUUCAAGGCUCUUAUCAGAGGCGUGUACGCUGCUAGGUGCAGCACUCCAAAGACAAUAAAGAAAAGGCAAUAUUGUCAAAAUGUUAACGUUCCAAAACCCCAGGUGACUGAAACAUUGUCUGGUCAACAUUUAUUUCGAAACCAAAGAAAACCAACCAACUUUGAUAAAAAGGUACUUGUUUGGGGUGGACGAUACAAAAAGUCUGAAGAUAUUCCUGCAUAUGUUUCGUGUGAGGUCUUGUCAGCAGCUAGAAAUAAUGUCCGAAUAAAGACCUGUAUGGCGAUGAUUUUAGGAACAAUUAUAGGUUGCAUCGUAAUGGUGAUAUCUGGCAAAAAGGCUCUCAAAGAAGAUAACACUCUACUUCAAAGGAAUUUAGAAAGAAAGGCAAAAUUGAGAGAGCAGGCUGCACAGGAACAGAUGUCUUCUAUAAAGAACCAUUGACGCAAUGGAUUUUUAAUAUUGUCUGGAUAUUGAUUGUGUUCAAUAGGCAGAUACAAUAUAACACAUACUAGAUCUCAUGGGAAGAUACAACCUUUAUUGUAUGUUAUUGAUUUAUUACAGUGUCCUGAAAGCUGAAAUAAAAUAUAUACGACUGUCA